GCACAGUUGUCGUAACCCUAAAAUUCACAAAGUCUCUCAGCCAUGUGUGAUCGUGAUCAUCCGCAGCCCUCCAACCUCUAUCCGCUGAUUUUUUACAAGGAUGGUAAGACAUGUGUGUUUUGGGAUGUGGAGGAUUACCCAAUCCCUGAUGGUCUCGAUCCUGCUUCGAUUUACCAGAGAAUCAAAGACGCUGUCAACAAGUAUGGUUGUGAUGCGGAGGUGUCGAUUCAGGCUUAUGCUGAUGAUAAUAAUACCUUCGCGGAUCGUGAAUAUUCGGAUGCUGGAUUCAAAUUACAAGUGUUCACCGAAGGGGAUAAAUAUGCGAGACAUUGGUCCAUGUAUGGUGACAUUAUGUUGUGGUCACUGGAAAAUCCUAAAUCAAACGUGAUUAUUAUUGCAAAAAUAACCGAAGACGACUUGGCUGAUCGUAUUGGAUGUUUGACUAGAUUCUGGUCGUAUGGUCUUCUCUUAUCCCAAGCUAAGCCAGAAUGGCUACAAAAGCUAUUUCCUGUUGGAAGCGUACCCUCGUUUUUGACUGCCAUAUUUGAUGGAGGAAACAUUAGCAAAAGUAAGGAUAUUCUGGCCGAUUCCGAGGACUAACUUUUGUCUAUCUCAAAAGGGAUGUUCUAUGUUAUUGUCUUGUGCCGAUAUAUAUUAGUUAGAUGCUUAUCACUAAGAGCUAUCUCGUUAAUCAAAUCCGUCUCUACAAAGCACAAGAGGGUUUGCAUAGAGCAGCUGUAACUUACUAUACAAGGCAAAGAAAAGUGACAUGGUCUAAUUUCUACCUAACAUAGAUUAGUGAAAUCGAUACAUAUAUUGCUGCAGCGAAUAAAUAAUUUAUCUUUUUUGAUUAA